GGAACCUUUGGACUUGCAAACAAUCCAGGAGCAGAACUGUGGCCAUGAAUGCAGCACGUCUGGUUGAAAUUCAAAGUGUCUGUGUUCUACGUUCUGACACACACCAGUCCUUUAGGAUUGUACAAUGAUUUUUCACAGAACAAGUAACUUGGAGUGAUUCAAUGGCACUCGGGCACGGCUCGAAGAAGUCUCUCUCAUGUGACCAGGAGGUCACACCUGCCUCUCUGAACAAUGAGGAAGGAGUUACUACAAAAAAUGUGACCAGAAGAACAAGGACCUGUAAGUGUCUGCUCGCCUUCCUCGUCAUCUUCAUCAUAAUCCUCAUAAUCACAGGAGCCACAGUGGCCUGGUACUUCCUGGAAUACAGAGUUUGGAUGCUAGAGCCUCGUGUUCAGCAGCAAUACACCGCCUACAUCACCAUCCUCAACAGGAACUUCUCUGCUGAGUUGUCCUCUCACAACAGCCCAGCGUUCAGGACAGAAGCCAAGAGAGUACAGAACACGAUAAAUAUGAUGAUGAAAGUCUCGUCUCUUUCUCGAUACUUCAACUACACCACUGUCUUUGCUUUUGGGGAAGGGAGCGUGGUCGUUCACUUCUGGAUAGUUCUGUCUGUGCCCAGCAGCCAUGAUGGAAGAAUCACAGUGGAGAAGCUCAGCAGGAGCCUGGAGGAGAGCCUGAACUGGUACAGAGGGCCAGAGGUGGAAGAGACAGCAAGCGUGGCUGAUUAUCUGUUCAACCGGUCCACUUUAUCAGUCAGUGAAACCGACAACAAAGUCAUAGAACUUUUGAAAGCUUCUUUUGACUGCUACCGCUAUCAGAAGGUGGAGUCUAGCAGCCCCAGAUCUCUCCGUGGCCCCGACACACACCGCUCCUCCUGCCUGUGGCACCUCCAGGCUCCCCUUGGGUUCCAGCUGGAGCUCCACAUGGAGUGGCUGCUGCCCGAGUGUCGGGACAGGCUGGUGGUCUACAACUCCCUCACCCCCUCUGACAAUCACCUCAUCACAUCUGUGUACGGCUGCAGCAGACAUGAGAGAGUCAUUCGCGUCCUGUCAUCAGGCGAGUGGAUGACGAUGGUUUGGAAACAAGGCCUUUACAAUUACAAGGACCCCUUUUCCUUGUCUGCCCAGGCCUGGCCCCAGCGGGACUGCAAGUCCACAAUCCAGCUGAAGGCAGAACCAGGGGUCCAGGGGACUCUCAGGACCCCUUUUUUUCCAAGCUACUACCCUCCAAACAGCAACUGUACCUGGACUUUUACGAUUCCCAGUGCAAAGAUAGGUCUGGCUUUAGAGUUUGAGGGCUAUGAGCUGAGCAGAGCCACCUACAACCAAGCCUGUACCCAGGGUCAGUGGGUCAUCCAGAACCGAAGACUGUGUGGCACCAGGGGUCUGCAGCCAUACUGCGAACGCCUUUUCCUCCUCUCAGACAUGACCACCGUUGCCAUGACAUCCGAGGUGUCACUAACGGGGCCAGGCCUUCAGAUGCAGUAUAGCGUCUUCAACCUUUCAGACCCUUGUCCAGGUCAGUUCCUGUGCACUGUGAGCGGCCUCUGUGUUCCUCUGUGUGAUGGGAUCAAGGACUGUCCCAACGGACUUGAUGAAAGGAACUGUGUUUGUGUUGCGCAGUACACAUGCCCAGAGGACAGUCAGUGUGUGGACUACUACAAAGUGUGUGACCAGCACCCAGACUGCCUCAAGGCCACAGAUGAGAUGAACUGCACCGGAGGUGUGGUGUGCACUGAUAUGACUUAUGUGUGUGCGGAUGGAACGUGUCUAAAGAAACCCAAUCCUGAGUGUGACUCUGUGACCGACUGUCCCGACGCCUCCGAUGAGAAUCAGUGUGACUGUGGCCUGAGACAGUUCUCCAGUCGCAUAAUUGGGGGGACCGACGCCUCGGAGGGGGAGUGGCCAUGGCAGGUCAGCCUGCAGGUGCGGGGCACCCACAUGUGUGGAGGAGCACUGAUCUCCAGCCAGUGGGUGGUCUCCGCCGCACACUGCUUUUACGAUGAUCCGCUCUAUUCCCCAUCAGUGUGGACGGUUUACCUCAGUAAACUGCUGCUCCACCGCAGCAGCCCCACAGAGGAGGUCGCCCGAGUUCAGAGCAUCCAUCUUCACCAGUACUACGACGACGAAUCUCACGACUAUGACUUGGCCCUGCUAAAGCUGGACCGACCAGCAUAUGCACUGCUGACGGGGCACGCUCGACCCGCUUGCCUGCCACCGCCCACCCACCAGCUGGAGCCGGGCCUGCUCUGCUGGGUGACUGGUUGGGGUGCACUGCGAGAAGGAGGCAGAACCAGUAACAUCCUUCAGAAGGUGGACGUGCGUCUGGUCAGCGAGGAGGACUGUGUUCGAUCUUACGGUCACCUGGUUACUCCCAGAAUGCUUUGCGCUGGUUAUCGUAUUGGAAAGAAAGACGCCUGUCAGGGAGAUUCAGGCGGCCCCUUGGUUUGCCAGGAACCCUCAGGACGCUGGUUCCUAGCUGGGGUCGUGAGCUGGGGCAAAGGCUGCGGUCGUCCAGACUACUAUGGCGUCUACACUCGCAUCACCAGGCUCACUGACUGGAUCAAGCGGGUCACCAGCAACACCACAGCAUGACAAUCUAUCAGACGGUUGUCAUUUUUAACCAAGAGUUUAUUUUAAAGUCCAAUAUCCUUAUUUAAGCUGCACCUCUGGCGUAAAGUGUUUAUAAAAUGUAAGGAGCACCAUUGUUACAAGCUGAACGUUCGUUUCCCAAACUACAUUUUUAUAUUCUGUGUGUGCUCGUCUGACAAGAAAUCAUUAUUAAAAAUAAAAAUGCAACAGCUAAAAG